AUGUGCCUACUCGCUGCGCUGCGCCCUUCACAUCGUGCCUCUCAGAUCCUCCGAGCUGGACAGGCAACGUUGCCCCGUCUGGAACGCAUCCAUCAGCAGUUGGAGGCAAAAGCAGCUGCAGUGGUCUCGCCGAGGAAGGCAACCUUGAAAGAGUUUUUGCUGGACCCGAGCUUCCAGCCGCCUGUGCUGGAGUAUUUCCUGGAGGAGAGGGAAGGGCAGGCAAAGGCAAAGAUCUACCAGGCCCGGGUGGACGUCGGUGGCACCUCCUAUGCAGGUGCACCGGGUGGCCGGGAAGAGACGCAGCUGAGUGCUGCUCUUGUGGCCCUGCGCGCCCUUCGCGCACCGUCUCGUGGUCAUGACUCGACGAGUGGUCGGCAGGAACUGGUGAUCCGCGUGCCGCGGGGGCGCAGCCUUCGCACCACCACAAAGGCUGUCGCCGGUGGCAAACACGAGUCCAACCUGAGAUGGAUCGAGCGCAACAGUGGAGCAAAAGUCUCGCUCGUGGGGGGCCAGAAGACCGGCGAGCCUCUCCGAGUCAAAGUUUCUGGAGACACGGGAAGCUGCCAGACGGCAGCAGACAUGGUCCGGGAGCUGCUUGCGCUCUUGCCGCAUGCCAAAGUGCAGGCGGACAGCCGACCGAGGAGCCAGAAAUCCCUGAGAGGGUUCGCCGUAUCGUCGUCAUAG